GAAUACGAGACAAUUUAUUUUGCUCACAAGAAUCGGACUACCUAAAUUUACCACGGUUUUAUGAUUGAUCCUUUUCCGUGUCUAAAGUGACUUCAUGUAGGAAUGCUGACAUUUCUUGUAAAUUAAUAUUUAUUGAAGUGGCAUUUGACUAUAGAUCAAUGAAAUAUGGAAGUAAGUAACCAGGAAGCCUUCUUGAAGAAAAAAUUGCAAAACUUCCUUCAUGAACUACAACGGAUUGGCACUGUUGGUGGCUUCAAACACUUCUCUUGCUACGUCAGAGGCAGGGAGGAACUGGUGGUCAGCAUCAACAACACAUUAGAGGCUAGUUCCUACUCCUGUAACCUGUCGGGGCCCCCAUCCAGGAAACAGUCGGUGUGCUACAGCGACAGUUUCACAUCCGCUCAACUACCUUAUGACAAGAGAUCCCUGGUGCUGUCCCACAACUCCCAGCUUGGGCUCAGCGGCCUGCAAGAGAAGGGUGUGGGUCUGCCCCCUGCUUCCCCAUCAGAGCAAGAGGGCACGCCAGACAGAGAAACGACCCUGUUCCUUAUUGCAGGUUAUGCUCGUUACUCUUGCCCGUACGUGUGGGUGAGGUCCAAUCACGAGCGACUGUUUAAGCUCUCGGGCGAUACGGACAGGGACAGAGACAGUCCUUUGAAGCUCAAGUCAACAGCCAGAUGGAAGGACGGAGAUGUGCACGUGAUUGACCUGCUGGCAGAGAUGGUCAAGCUGUGUACGUAUCCAGCGCCCCGAAACCCUUUUGAGGUCGACCUUGACUACUUUCGUAACCUUGCACAGCCCCAUAGCACCCUCGCCUCAGCAGCCAUGGUCUCGUGUCUUCAGAAAGUUGUCAUCGGCACAUCCGCUGCCAAACCCUAUGCUGGGAAAGUUUUUGAAGACCUGCACCACAUGGCAAAGCUUCACUUUAGCGGCCUUCAAGAUCUGGUCAAGUCUGGCAAACUUCCUGUUCUUCAACAACAACAGAAACCGCAGCAGCAGCAGAAACCGCAAGUGCAACGGCAGACGAGUCGCAGCAAGCGGCACCCACCGGCGUCGCAGCAACAUCCUCACUACCAGCCUCAAGUCCCUCCCCCGUCACAACAGUCCCCAAUGUCUGUGUACCUGACCAGUCCCGUCAACACCUCUGGAGUCAAGUACGGGCAGGGUCCUCGCGGAGCUUUUCCCGGGGGGUUCGAGAGAAUGCCGGCUCCAAGUAUGUUUUAGGUGACAUCCAGAAACCUUUUGCUCACAGAUGGUGGUGGUAAUUACCAAUUUCUCUAUCUCUCUCAUCUACCCCCCCCCCCCCCCCCCUCACUCACUUGCUGUGUUGGUAACUCACUCAUUCAUGUUUUGUUUUAGUGGAAAUUAUCAUAAUAAUGAUAAGGUCUUGGUUCAGUAUAAACGUAUUUGAUGUUGUUUUAUGGGGUUCAUGCUUCAUGGAAUCAACAAAAUUUAGUCUUUGUUUUCCUGAAAUGUACUUUUCUAAGCUCUGGAGUUUUUGAUUCCCAAAUUCCUGGAGGUAUAAAAUAUGACAGAGUCGACCUUAAUGUGGUCUCCAAUGUUGUGUUAUCAUAACUAUCUAUUCUAGACACGAGUCAAGGGAGGGUCCAUGACAAAAACUCAUCUUCUGCGCAGUUGGCCUAGCCCAGUCCCGCUGUUCUUUUGUCCCCCCACCCCUGUAUAAGUGACAUGUAGGCCAUUAGAACUAUCUCAAAUCAACUGAUCAAAAAAUAAAAUUUCAAACUUACUUGCAAAACGUCAAAUUAUGGGGGAAAAGCAGGGGGGGGGGCCCUCCAGAUUUUUAUUUUACAUCAGGGAGGCACACAUCCUUGAAAUCCCUGGAUUGGUCCAAAGCUCAGAAAAUUACUAUGCAAUAAGGCGUAGGCUCAUUGUAGUUUUAAUAAAAACCAUUUUGUCCAAUGCUGCUAGAAACUGCCAUUGUAACUAAUGAGGGAGGGAUUUAUAACAGCGACCCAAAAUGUCACAUACACAGAGUGGGGAUUCCUUGAUAUACAAAUUGUGUCAAGUAUGAGACAUGAAAUUUACUAUUACCAUUAUUUCCUCUGUUUCACGCUUUUUACAGUCCGUCACCUAAAAUAAUAAUAACACUGUUCAAAGUUUAUUUUUUAAAAAUCUAAACUUUGAUUAUGAGAAUGCUGAGAAGGAUUUUACAUGACAUGAUCCGUUCAAAAUUUAGAAAAGGAUGGCUCAUCUUGUUUUCAAAAUUUUACACGCUCUUGGAUCAUUGUGAUCUAUGGGGUCGGGAGUCUUCAUAAAAUUUGAAAUUGAGCUGGGGUUGGGUAUUUGUUGAUAUAGUUUUAGAAUCUCUGCCCAGGGUUCAAAGGCCUUUAUGGAACUUUUUUCUGUGCCGGCAAAUUUGUCUCCUUGCUCAAGUGGCAGGAGAUUUUGUACUGUCUCGAGUUUUUUUUUUGUUUAGACUCGUCACCCCUGGAAUUUGUUAAUCUCUUUUCCUUGAAGAUGUGUUUAUGUGUAUGAUGCUGCUUUGUGUGUUUUUGUUUCUUUCGUUUUAUGUUUAUAAUAUUUGCUUGCUGUUUACCAGGCUUUAAAGUAAGUGCUGUUGCGUCUUAAGUUGAAUUUUCAUGUAUACACUAGAGUCUGCUUUAAACUUAACUUGAUUAAUCUAAAAACAGUGGUAAACUGAAAGAAACAAAAUUCCCCUUUUUUUGGUCCACUAUUUGAGCAAUUUCUCUAAGCCGAAAGCAUGGCUAAACAGAAAAAAAAA